CCUGCCGGCGUGUUCAUCAUCCCAGCGGCUCCUUAGAGUUCCAGUGUGCCACCUAGAUAUAUUCGUCAAUACCAUCGAAGUCCGUUUACAUGGAUUAGAAAACAUAUUUGUAUUUUAUGACUCUAAAAUGUUAAUUUUGGUCAACUUUCAGGAUCCACUGGACAUUUAGUAAAGAAGGGGAGACGGUAGCAAGGACAUAUUGUGUAGUAUGCAGCAGUAAUAUACAUCAAGAGUCUGAAAUCACCCUUGGAAAUAUUAUACUGUUGGAGAGCCGACUCAUACCAGCCAACGACUGUUUUUUUUUUUUUUUUUUUUUCUUACUCCAAGGGAACACCUCAAAUGCGAUGCGACGUUCUUCAUCGCAGCUUUUCAGAGCAUCUUGCCAGUGACAUUUUUUCCUCGUCAAGGAAGAAGCUCAAGGGAGGAAGCGAAUAUGCUGUUGGACAGGCAGCUGGUGCUUAUGCAGUUCGGAUCUUGGAUUGAGUAGAUGGACGAAGGGAGCGGCUGGAGCCCAGAACCAGGGCAAUUGAAUACCCAUCUUUAGACCCUGCGCUGACAUUUAAUGGAUAGUUAUCCGGCUCCAAAGGUUAGAGUGUGAACUGAUGAGGUGGUUGACUUCUCAGCACGGAAAGAAGAGAAGAGAAGAGCUUGUUCUCUGUUCUCGGUAGGAAUUCAAGCUGACCCAGCAGAGAGAAGCUUGACUUGACAAAGACAAGAAACACAAUCUGCCUCAUACUUUGACAUGACCAAUAUGUGUCUGGAUACUUGAGUGGACCAAUCAAGUUACGAUCACUGUCCCCUUUUAUGAACUAACAUGGACAAAGUGGUCGUCAGUGUCCUACUGCUGGGAAUCACACUUACAAUGGUCCACGCAUGUCCUAAAUACUGUGUGUGCCAGAACCUCUCUGAAUCGCUGGGGACACUUUGCCCAUCAAAAGGGCUCCUCUUCGUCCCUCCGGACAUUGAUCGGCAUACAGUCGAGCUACGACUGGGUGGUAAUUUUAUCCUGAAGAUAACCACCCAAGACUUUGCCAACAUGACCGGUCUGGUAGACCUCACCUUGUCCCGUAACACCAUCAGCACAAUCCAGCCUUUCUCUUUCAUUGACCUCGAGACCCUGCGAUCUCUCCACCUUGACACCAACAGAUUGACUGAUAUUGGGCCAGAUGAUCUACGAGGUUUGAUUAAUCUUCAGCACCUGAUCCUCAACAACAAUCAGCUAAGUCGUAUCUCCAAAACUGCCUUUGAUGACCUGUUGUUGACACUGGAGGAUCUGGAUUUAUCAUAUAACAACUUACGCAGUGUGUCUUGGGAAGCCAUCCGCAAGAUGGUCAACCUUCAUCAAAUGAGUCUGGAUCAUAAUCUUAUUUCAUUCAUUGCAGAGGGGACUUUUACAGAUCUGGAAAAGCUGGCUCGUUUAGACCUUACUUCCAACCGUCUGCAAAAGCUCCCACCGGACCCAAUAUUUGCACGUUCCCAAAGCAGCAUUGGCAUGAGUACUCCAUACAUACCUCCCCUAUCGCUAAGCUUUGGCGGAAACCCAUUGCAUUGCAACUGUGAGGUGCUUUGGCUUCGGAGGCUUGAACGAGAGGAUGAUAUGGAAACUUGUGCUUCUCCUACCAGUGUGAAGGGACGUUACUUUUGGUCUGUUCGCGAGGAAGAAUUUGUUUGUGAGCCUCCUCUUAUCACACAGCAUACAAACAAAUUGCUUGUGCUCGAAGGCCAAACUGCUAGUCUGCGUUGCAAGGCGGUUGGUGAUCCAAUGCCAACGGUGCACUGGAUUGCCCCUGAUGAACGCCUAAUCAGCAAUUCAUCUAGAGCAACUUUAUAUGAAAAUGGCACCCUUGAGAUUACAAUCACAACAUCCAAGGAUUAUGGAACUUUUACAUGCAUAGCUGCAAAUGCUGCCGGAGAAUCCACUGCCUCCAUCGAGCUGUCAAUCAUUCAGCUUCCACACCUGACGAAUGGUACAAACCGCACCACGCAGUCAAAGUCUGGUCUUUCAGACAUAACCAGCUCAACCAAGAUCAGUAAAGGAGAGCCUAAAAUUCUCCCAGAGAAAGCUGUGUCAGUCUCAGAAGUGUCCGCAGCUUCUGCCUUGAUUAAGUGGACAGUGGGCAAAACAACUCCAAAGGUCAAAAUGUAUCAGCUUCAGUACAACUGCUCUGAGGAUGAAGUUCUCAUUUACAGGAUGAUUCCCAUGACUAGCAGAGCCUUUGUAGUCACCAAUCUUGUUCCAGGGAUGCAGUACGAUCUGUGCGUGUUGGCCAUCUGGGAUGACAGUGCUACCACCCUCACAGCCACCAACAUAGUUGGUUGUGUGGAGUUCAUCACCACUGACGACUAUCCCCAAUGCCAGUCUCUUCACAGUGGUUUCUUGGGCGGCACUAUGAUCUUGGUCAUAGGUGGUAUUAUUGUUGCCACGCUUCUGGUGUUUAUCAUUAUCCUCAUGGUGCGCUAUAAGGUGACCAGUGGCAUCCAGACUAUAAAGUUACCUACUGUAAGCAAUACUUACUCACAGACCAACGGGGGUAUGAACAGGUUCAACGGUGCCCCACCGCAAGUCAAAUCAGCCGUUGUGGUUAUGCGUGAGGAAAUGGUAGAAUUUAAAUGUGGUUCUCUUCAGAGUAGUAUUUCCUCAUCUUCAACCUCCACCAACUCACUGGAUAGUCAACCAGGAAGAAGGGUUGGUGACUGCUAUAGCAUGCAAGGAGCUGAGUGCAGCACCCUUCCCAGCAGCAAGUUCAGGAGGCACAGGCACAAACCGCAACCAAACCUGGACCACCUUUUAGGAGCUUUCACCACAAUGGAGCUGCGAGGUCUAGCAAGGGACAGUCAAGGGGUAGCUGGCCCCUCCUCUGCAUCCAAUACUAUGAAUUCAGGAGCUGUGGUGCCCUUAUCCGACAAAGAACCUCUACUAGGAAGAGCAGAGUCCACUACCAUGCUGGGCCGCCUCCUAGGGCUACCCCAGGAUGGGAAACCCAAAAGGAGCCAUUCGUUUGACAUGGGCCAUGUCGGGGCAACACAGUGUCGUGGCAGCUAUCCCCGCAGGAUCAGUAAUAUUUGGACUAAACGCAGUUUGUCAGUUAAUGGCAUGCUACUACAGUAUGAUGACAAUGAGGACGAUAAGCCUAGUUUUGAGAGCUCCGAGUGGGUAAUGGAGAGCACAGUUUGAGUAUUAUUGUGUGAAUUGCACUGGGGAAAAACAAAACAACUGUACUUAAACUAAAUAAUGAACUAAAGAAAUACAAGCUGAAAGGGGAUGAGUGUUUCACACGGAACCAGUGUGUGGGUAUUACAAAUUCAACCAUGUCAUUUUACAUAAAAACAUAAACUCAGACAGUCUUUGACUGUACAUAGAAAAUACUCCACCUUUCAUGAGUCUUGGAUUGCACCAAAAUGGCCUGGAAUACUCUCCCUCAACUUGGCACAGAACAGUAUGACAAGCAAAGAGGGAAAAGAGGAGAAAUUCUGAGUGGAUUUACUGGGUCUUUAUCAAAUGAAUUGACUGCCAAGUGGAUUUGCCGCAGCUAUGGUGAGCGGGAUGUACUUUUGUGUGACCCACUGCGUGAAAUAAGACUACUGCCACAGUUCAUCGAAGGACCGCAAGAUAACAAUGGAGAGAAAAAUGAUUUAAAUGUUACUUUUAUCAAAAGUUUUCUAUCAUUUAUACUAUUUAUUUUAUUAUUUGAUUGAUGUAUCGAGUGACAGUUGUGUAGCUCGGUUUUCAUGGCAGAAUCCAAAUAUCACAAAAGGUACCAUUCAUAGAGCCAUUUCAUAUCAUAGUUAUGUUCAUUCAGAGCAAAUCAGUCAUAUUAUAGACCAAGCACAAUCUUACCAUGUGACCCUAUUUUCAAGAAAAAUGCAAAAUGUGUAACACAUCAAACUAUACUGUACUUGUUUUCAACAUUGGUUGAUGAAUACUUUUGGGUCAUUUUUGAAAAAAAAAUAAACAAACUGCACUCUAAAUGACAUGGGUCCAAGAAGGACAAAUGUUAACUUGUUUGCACACAAUUGAAUGGAAUGUAGCACAAAACAAGUCAAAUCAAUUUUUAACUAUCCUUGUUCACUUUCAUUUGGUUUGUACUGUUUUUGUACAAAGGUCAGAUGAAUAUAAGAAACAUGAUUUUCCAUAUUUUUAGGGGGGCAAUGCAGAGAUGGGAAUAUUGUAGUCUGGCUAAGUUUAAAACGAGGAUUACAAUAACUAAAGAAAAAUGGCAAAUUUGACAGGGAAAAUUAUGUCAAAACUUGUAUGAAACAGAAUGGCGAAGAAAUGUGGUUGCUUUAUACAUUGUUUGAUUUAAUUCAUCCAAUGACCUAUUCAUCAUUAAUUCUCUUUCAUUACGAGCUGUAAAUUACACGUACUUUGAUUAUUGGCUUUUCAGAAUUGCACCCUAAAUGAUAUAUACCCACUCACUCUUUUGAUGCCUUCCUGAAUUUCUUGUGGGGUUUUGCUGCAUCUGAUUCUGUUUUGUUUUCAUCCCUAGGUGUAGCAUUCUGUAUAUUGGCAUAUUUUGUAAAAAAAAAAAAAAAUAAUAAUAAUAAUAAUAAUAACUGGGUGGAAUGUAAAAGUGGGGAAGUCAUUUGGUGGUGUUUUUACUUUCAUUGCAAGCAAACAGUGAAGGUGCUUUACUGUGGUGUACUAACUUGGUUGUUUCUCGCUAGCUCGGUCAAAUGGGAUUUUUCCACAACUGCAAAAAAAUAAAGUGGGAAAUUAACUAUUAUUUACAAUUCACAAAAAUCUACAGUGCAUUGUGAAAAUAAAUGAUUAAAUUAAAAAAAAAAUCCCUCCCUUAAUUAGUACCAGUAGUUAGAUUAUGAAAUUAAAAUCAAGCUCUAUGUUACUGUGGAUCACGAUAUCUCUUGCCUCCAUUAAAUUUAGGUUAACAAAAAGACAAAUACAGCUACAAUAUCCCAAGAAAUGAUACCAGUGUUGAUAAAAGUUACAUUUGUAUUUUGUGAAUGGACAAUUUAACUUACUAGUUCUAUUUGUGUUUUCUUGUAAAGUCCCUUUUCACGCUGCUAAGAAUACAAUUGUGUGCGUGACUUGGCUUAGUCAUGACUCUAAGAUUCGAUGAUUAAAAACAGAAAAAAAACAUGUGUCAAUACAUUUUGCUAAAAAGAAAAAAAUAUAAAAUGUU